AUAAGUGCAGGGUUUCUAUCAUAAAGUCUGAACACACAGACACAUACAUAGCCCUUUUCUGAGGAGGAGAGAAUUUCACCAAAUCAAGGGGAAACUCUCUGAAGAACAUGGGUUUGAUGGAGUGCAAUGUGGAGGACAAUAAGAAUCUAUACCUUCAUGCUCCUACUUUCAUUGAGUGGCUUAAACCAUGUUCUUCUCCUAAUUCAUAUCUAAAUAAUUCCAAUACAAUAUCAUACUCAUCUUCUUCUUCUCCUUCUUCAUCUUCUUUUUCUCUUACUCAGAAUGAGUUUGUUCAGGAAACUAUCCAAUUCUUGCCAAUUUUAAGUGAGAAGGCCUCAAAAGAUGAAGAUCAAAGUUUUGAGGUGAAAGAGGAAAAGGUUGAACAAGUAACUGUGGCUUUGCACAUUGGAUUGCCUGACAGUAAUAAAGGGCAUGCUGAUGAGGUUGAUGAGAAGAUGAUUUUCCAUGUUAAGGAAGAAGAAGAGUCAUCAAAGAGAAGCUUCCAUGGUUGCUCCUUUAACAACCAAGAGAGAAGGUUUUGGAUUCCAACUCCUGCACAGAUCCUUGUUGGACCUAUGCAGUUUGCUUGCUCCAUUUGUAGCAAGACCUUCAAUAGGUAUAACAACAUGCAGAUGCAUAUGUGGGGGCAUGGAUCAGAAUUUAGGAAAGGACCAGACUCACUCAAAGGAACACAACCAGCUGCAAUGUUAAGGUUACCAUGCUAUUGCUGUGCUCAAGGAUGCAAGAACAACAUCAAUCAUCCAAGGGCCAAGCCAUUGAAGGACUUCAGAACCCUCCAAACCCAUUACAAAAGAAAACAUGGGACAAAGCCAUUCAUGUGCAGAAAAUGUGGGAAAACAUUUGCAGUCAAAGGGGAUUGGAGGACUCAUGAGAAGAACUGUGGCAAGUUGUGGUAUUGCACUUGUGGCUCAGACUUCAAGCACAAGAGAUCCCUAAAGGAUCAUAUUAGGUCUUUUGGAAAGGGACAUAACCCUCAUCCUCCCUUUGAAGCUUUUGAGGAUGAGAAGGAAUGCAUUACUGGCUCUGAUGAAGAUGAAGUUAAUGCUCAUCAUACAUGAUCUAACAACAUUCUAUAGCUUAUUUCCUUUAUUAUGAAGAUAUGGUAGUAGCAAGGUUUUAAAUUGCGAUCGCAGUUACAAUUUCGUCGUGAUUUUUGGUGUUACCGGAAAUUACAGACAAAUGCGGUUGAUGCAAUUAAUACCUUGAGUAGAAGUGGUAAUUAAUGUACUAGAGGGUUUGGUCACUACGCUUGUGCUCAGUAACAAAAAAUUCUCAACAACUGCUGAGGCAUGAAGACUCAGGGAAAGGUUUGCUACCGAGCACUUGCAGGGUGGUGAUAAACUUAGUUAUAUCAAUAGAGGUUUGGAGUAGUUUGCUUUUGGUUUAAUUAAUAAGAUGGUUGCCUCAAGUGAUGAAGCAGAUGAAUUUUCUUCUCAUAGCAACAGAGAUUAGUGUUAUGUCAAGUUUAGUUUUUUUGUAACCUCUUCAAUAUGGAGGAAAUUUAUCCGCUUCAUUACUAAAUGGUAACCCUCACUCAUUCUAGGACUUUAUUGUAUGUAAGGUCUUGUUAAAAUAUCUUUGUGACGCUUUGAUGUGAAUUAAUUUGCUGCUAUAAAUGGAUAGCCAAUGUGUGUGUUUUUUUC